UGCAAAAUAAAAUCUGGCCCAGUGGAAAAAAUUGGUCCAUAGCUAAUCUAAAAAAAAGAAAUGAGUUGACUGUUGACCUCAAGCGCAGGCUCGCAGCAGAGGUCGAUGAAUUAGACGCACGCCGCAGCCCGCAGCCCGCAGCCCGCAGCGCAGGACUCCACAUACCGCCACACCGCUCGCUGCUCGCAUUGUCGGACGCCGCAAUCCCGCUCACAGCUCGCCAACUCCGCCUCGCGCAUCGCCGGAGGCCGCACGCCCUGACGCCCCCCUUCUGCAAUCUGCCGCUCCUGCUCGCUUCUUCUCUCGAUUCAGGAUAAAUGGAACAUGGUACACUCAACGAUCUAUCCAAUGCAACAUUCUCUCUGACAGAUGAGGAUCAUACACUUGCCAAUGCACUUAGAUUCGCUCUUAAUCAGGAUCCCAGGGUCGUACUUUGUGGCUACAGCAUUCCACAUCCAUCCGAGGCCCGAGUUAAUAUAAGAGUUCAGACUACUGGUGAUCCAGCUCUGGAAGUGCUGAAAGAUUCAUGCCAGGAUCUAAUGGUUAUGUGCCAACACGUUAGGAGCACGUUUGAUCAAGCUGUUGCAAAUUUCAAGAAUGAAAAAUCCCCGGAAGACUUGGAUUUGCAAAAGCGAUGAUUGGUUUAUUACUUGAGUUACUUUUCACUAUUCAUAUAUGUAUCAGCGAUUGUAACAUAUUGCAAGUAUUUUGGUUUUCAUAUACAUCUCUCUCCCAUUUUGUUUGUCACAUACAUUGUUCAGGUGCUCAAUCAUUUCCCUUUUGUGUAUCGCUUUUUAACACAUUUGAAUUUAGUUUUUUUUUUUUUUUUUUUUUGCGUUAGAACAUUUAGUGCAAUUUCUAAUAUGUAAUUUCUAAAGUUGCAUACACAUGAAUUGU